UUUCCUAGUUCCGAAUAGCACGUGAACGCGGCAAAUGUACAGGCUACUCUUCGGAAUUAGGUAGGCUAAAAUAACCGCGGUUGUUUUACAUGAACACUUGCCGAAGGGGACUUUACAUCUCUCGUAAUCCUUGUGAAAUGCUAAAUGUUGUCCACGAAAAACGCAUUGUUUUUAGGCUAUUUAUUUGUGUGGUUUCAUUUGCGCUGUGCACUGUUGUAUGGUGUAUGAAAGUUUUCGCUUACCGUACCAAAUGAAACCUGAUUAUUAUAAAUGAUUAACGCAGUAAUUCUAAAGUUCACCGUUUACAUAUGUUCACAUAACUAUUUGUGUUGCCCGUGAGGUGUGUUAUGAAUGGCACAAGGAAGGCAUGUUGUGGAGAUCCGUCUCUACAUUCAUUGUAGGCUAUCAUACCAGGAGUGUGUGUGUAUCUCUACCGGAUCCCGCCAUGUCGACCCAGCCUGCUCCGGAGCAGGGAGUUGUGUUGCUGAACAGUGGCCUGCACAUGAAGAGCAAGAAGGGGCUGGAGGCCGGGAAAGUGGAAGGCCUGCAGGCCCGGGGCCACUGGGCCAACAAGGCAGAGUUCCUGCUGGCUGUGGCGGGACAGAUCAUAGGCCUGGGCAACGUGUGGAGAUUCCCCUACCUGUGCUACAAGAAUGGAGGAGGUGUGUUCUUUGUGCCCUACUUGUUGUUUCUGGUUCUGUGUGGUGUUCCUCUCUUCCUGAUGGAGACCUCUCUGGGUCAGUAUACCAGCCUGGGAGGGGUCAGCGCCUGGAGGAGCAUCUGCCCGCUGUUCGGAGGUCUGGGUUUUGCCAGUCAGGUGAUGAUCCUCCAUGGGUGUGUGUAUUACAUUGUGGUCCUGGCUUGGGCUCUCUUCUACCUGGUCCACAGCUUCCAGUCAGAGCUGCCCUGGGCCCACUGCAACAACACCUGGAACACAGAUACCUGUGUGUUGUUUGACUGUCAGAACCUCACUUCUGGGACCAGCCUACCAGAGAACGCUACCUCACCUGUCAUCGAGUUCUGGGAGCGGGAGGUCCUGCAGCUGUCCAGUGGACCAGAUGAGCUGGGGCAAGUCAGCUGGAGGCUGGCUCUGUGUCUGCUGCUAGUCUGGGUCGUCUGCUACUUCUGUGUGUGGAAGGGGGUCAAAUCCACUGGCAAGGUGGUCUACCUUACCACCACGUUCCCCUACUUGAUGCUGGCCAUCCUGCUGGUACGUGGCAUCACCCUGCCUGGAGCUGCCCAGGGCAUCGUCUACUAUCUCAAUCCCAACAUCACCCGCCUGGCAGACCCACAGGUAUGGAUGGAUGCGGGGACUCAGAUAUUCUUCUCUUAUGGCAUCUGUCUGGGGAGCCUUACCGCCCUGGGCAGCUACAACAAAUACAACAACGACUGCUAUAAGGACUGUUUUUCCCUGUGCCUGCUGAAUAGUGUCACCAGCUUCCUGGCAGGCUUUGCCAUCUUCUCUGUGCUAGGCUUCAUGGCUCAGGAGCAGGGUGUGGACAUCGCAGAUGUGGCCCAGUCAGGCCCUGGGCUGGCCUUUAUAGUGUACCCUCGGGCUGUAGCCAUGAUGCCUCUCCCUCAGCUGUGGGCUGUGUGCUUCUUCCUCAUGAUCAUCAUGCUGGGGCUGGACACACAGUUUGUGAGCCUGGAGGCCCUGAUGACCUCUGUGACUGACCUCUACCCUACGGUGAUCCGGCGGGGUUAUCGACGAGAGCUACUGCUGCUGAUGGUGUGUGUCGUCUGCUUCCUGGUUGGCCUGGUCAUGGUCACCCCGGGUGGUCUCUAUGUGUUCCAGAUCUAUGACCACUACUCCUGUAGUGGGGCCAGUCUGCUGCUCCUGUCCAUCUUCCAGUCGGUGACCGUGGGCUGGGUUUACGGGCCUGACAGGUUCAAUGACAACAUUAAGCACAUGAUUGGCUACAGCCCGCUGCCCUUCUUCAAGCUGUGCUGGCGCUACCUGACGCCAGCCUUGUGCACGGCGACGUUUGUGUUCUCCUUGGUGUGCUGGUCCCCUCUGUCCCUGGGGAAGGGCAUAGUAGCCCCGGGGUGGGCCACAGCUCUGGGAUGGCUCCUCACCCUCUCCUCUGUCUCCCUGCUGCCCCUCUGUGCACUUUACGCCCUUGCCACCACCCCCGGCAGCCUAACACAGCGUUUCCGCCGGCUGUGUCGUCCUGCCCCCGACUCCAAUUUGGCCAUGGACCACCGGACCACCUCUCUCACCUUUGAACCCUGUCUGGCUCUCACUGCCAGAAAUCCAAUGAGCCAAUCGCAGACGUGAUCUAGGUACGACCACCCUGGGUUUAGCCAAUACGGUUUCUGCGCACCAAUGGGACGGAUCAGAAUCAGGGGUCAUGGGAUGUUUCUAUGGAGAUGGGAAGGCCUCUGCCCCUCUGUUGUGUUCUCACUGGUAAAUGGAGACAGGAUGGUGGUUGAAACUGUGAUGGAAUCCAGCCUGUAUGCUGUUGGGCCUGGGAUAUGUGGACCGGGCUUAGUGACAUGCCGCUAACUGUGUGUAUUUUUGUGAAUGAAGGAGAAGGGGAGGGGGGAAAGAGAGGGAAAUUACCUCGUCAUAAUUUCAGUCAGACUAGCCAAUGGUUUCUGACUGGACUAUUUUGAUCAGGUCUGAAAUGGUACCCUAUUCCCUCCCUAUAUAGUACACUAUUACUUUUAACCAGGGCCGCUAGGGCUCUGGUCAAAAGUAGUGCACUAUGUAGGAAAUAUGGUGCCAUUUCAGAGUCUGUAAUUGGCUAAUUGAGUUAAGGCAUUAAGUGAAACUGUUUACAGAAAAUGAGAAAUCUGGACUGGAAGUAGUGAAAAAAAUCAUACCUUAAAAGAUCUUUUCUCCUUUUUGCUAUUUAUUGCGUUGAACAAUGAAAUAAUGAAUCAAGUGAAAUGAAUGCAAUAGUACCAUGUUGAAAACAUAAGUAAUAAUCAGAGAGACAUACUAUACACUGAGUGUACAAAACUUCAGGAACAUCUGCUCUUUCCAUGACAGACUAUCCAGGUGAAUCCAGGUGAACGCUAUGAUGACUUAUCGAUGUCACUUGUUAAGUCAUAGUACCUAAACUGUUUGUGUAAACAUGUAUACGCAGGGCCCAGCUGUAAAAGAGACCUCGGUCUCAGUGUGUGUUCCUUGUUGAGAUAAAGGUAUAAUAACAGUAAGUCCACGUCAAUCAGUGUAGAUGAAGGAGAGGCGGCAGGUUAAAGAAGGAUUUUUAAGCAUUGAGACAUGGAUUGUGUAUUUGUGCCAUUCAGAAGGUGAAUGGGCAAAACAAAAUAUUUGAAGUGCCUUUGUACUGGGUAGGGUAGUAGUAGGUGCCAGGCACACCGGUUUGAGUCUCAAGAACUGCAACGCUGCUGGGUUUGUCACGCUCAAUAGUUUCUCGAGUGUAUCAAAAAUGGUCCACCACCCAAAGGACAUCCAGCCGACUUGACACAACUAUGGGAAGCAUUUGCGUCAACAUAGGCCAGCAUCCAUGUGCAACGCUUUCGACACCUCGUAGAGUUCAUGCCCUGACGAAUUGAGACUGUUCUAAAGGGCAAAAGGGGGUGCAACUCAAUAUUAGGAAGGUGUUUUGUACUCUCAGUGUAUAGUAGGAACUCCGACAUACGAACAUGUCAGGAAUGGAGGUCCUUCAGAACACUGAAAUGUCCGUAGCUUUGCAAUUCACUUUAAAAACCUCAUCAAACCUUUAUAGAAUAUAUUGAUUUAAUAUAUUUUUAUAUAAAUUAUUUGUUAUAGAAAAUAUAUACAUGUAUAUAUAUUUGUUUUACAUGUGUUUUCUAAUCAUUUAUCUAGAUACUGUAAUAAUAUCUGAUUUUGUUUUUUAGACCAUGUAAACAACAUUUAAAUUUUACAGAAGUUCCCAGUUUCAUAUUGCCCGUUCGGUUGACUGGUCAAUCCGUAACUCUGAGGCUCGUAUCUUUGAGGUUCUACUUUAUGUAAUCUAAUGGCAUAAUGUAAGGUCUUCAAUCAUGUGAAAAUCCCUGUAACUAUUUUCUUGUUCUACAGUAUGUGACAACUGUGGCUAAUCAUGACCCAAUGUGUUCUAUUUUACUUCUCAAAGCUGCUGGAAACGUACACUGUCAUCUCGGUGUACAAAUUGGGAGCCAUGGAUAUGACACUUUAUAUUUCAGUAACGUGUUUCUUUGAUUUACUUUCUCAUUGAAAUCAUGAUAAAAAAAACAAACAUGCUUGUGUUGUAUUAAACAAGUGUGUGCAUA